UAAAUCUUAUGUCAACUUAUUAAGUCAAAUCUGAAAUCAACUUUCUCGACGUUGCCGGUUGUUUGCCUUAAAAUAAAGUAUUUCUAAGAUAAAAUGUUUACCGACAAAGUCGUUAUAAUAACUGGAGCCAGUUCUGGAAUUGGUGCAGAAACUGCUGUUGAAUUCGCAAAACUUAACGCCAAGCUAGUUCUUACUGGAAGAAACAAAGAAAAUCUAGGGAAAGUCGCUAAACAAUGUGAAGAGGGCUCUAAAAGUAAUCAAACACCUUUGGUGAUUAUUGCUGAUAUGAACGUGGAUGCCGACGUAGACAAUAUUAUAAAAAGUACAAUAGAUAAAUUUGGCAGACUAGAUGUUCUGGUAAAUAAUGCUGGGAUUCUAGAAAGCGGAUCGAUAGAAACAACUAGUUUGGCGCAGUACGAUAGAGUGAUGAACACAAAUGUUAGGGGGCCAUAUUAUUUGACUAUGUUAGCGGUUCCACAUCUGAUUAAAACUAAAGGAUCAGUGGUGAAUGUAUCAAGCGUUACUGGUCUCAGGUCAUUCCCAAAUGUUUUAGCGUAUUGUAUGUCGAAAUCUGCUCUCGAUCAGUUUACAAGAUGCAUCUCACUGGAGUUAGGUCUGAAAGGUGUGAGAGUUAACGCUGUAAAUCCAGGUGUAAUAUCAACUGGUAUACAUAUGAAAUCCAGCAUGAACGAAGAGCAAUACAAAGAGUUCUUGAAGAAAUGUGCUGACACCCAUGCUUUGGGCCGAGCUGGUGAGAGCAAAGAAGUUGCUUCUGUUAUAAUAUUCUUAGCCAGCGAUGCAGCCAGUAAUAUUACAGGUGCUACAAUACCAGUAGACGGUGGUCGUCAUGCGAUGUGUCCUCGUUAAAAAAAUAAACAAUAUUGUCAUUGGUUUCAAAAAUAAAAUUAUUCAGAUGUUA